CGGGGGACUCAGCGAACAGUCUGCAGUUUCUGGAGCUGCUCUGAGGCAUCCCAAUGUCCGUGGGUGGCCCGCCAGGGCGGCCAGCCCUGCUCUCCCUGCUUUUGGUGGCCGCGAUGCCUUUUUCCUGCUCAGCCAUACCCAUAGAUGAAGCACGGACGCAGCUGUUGAUGAGAGAGAAGAUGAUGCAGCUGGGGGGGCAGCUGGUGCUGACCGAGCAGGAGGAGCUGGCCAAUGGGAGGCUCAUGGCCCUCAAAAAGGCUGAGGUGGCUCAAGCCGUGAAGAGCCAGAAUUUCCCUCCCAGCAUGCACUUCUUCCAGGCCAAGGAUCUCAUCGAGAAAAGUGAGGUGUUUAAUCUCCUGAAGAAGAUGCCAAAAGGGGCUGCCUUACAUGUCCAUGACUUCGGCAUCCUGAGCAUGAACUGGCUGGUGAAAAAUGUCACCUAUAGGCCCCACUGCCACUUCUGUAUCACCCCGAAGGGGGCCCUGAAGUUCAAAUUUGCUUAUCCAACACCCCCCACCCCAAUGCCAGCAGAGUGUUCAGAGUGGGUUUUGCUGGAGAAAUAUCGAAAGGAGAUGCAGAACGUCACUGAGUUUGACAACGGACUGCUAAAGAAUUUCACUUUGAUGACUGAGAACCCCGAUGUGGAUUAUGCAAACCAAAAUAUUGUCUGGUCCAAGUUUCAAACGAUCUUCUUCACAAUCUCUGGCCUUGUCCACUAUGCACCAGUGUUCAGAGACUAUGUCUUCCAGGCCCUGGAGGAGUUCUACCAGGACAAUGUGCUCUACCUAGAGCUCAGAGCCAUGCUGUUCCCGGUGUAUGAACUGAAUGGGACCAUCCAUAGCCAAGAGUGGUCAGUGAGGACUUACAGAGAAGUGGCUUCUUUGUUUGCAAAAGAGCAUCCCGGGUUUAUUGGAAUCAAACUCAUUUAUUCAGAUCACAGAAUAAAAAAUGUGUCCUUCAUCGUGAAAUCCGUCCAAACAGCCAUGAUGCUUCGAGCCAUGUUCCCCAGGAUGGUGUCAGGGUUUGACCUGGUGGGGCGUGAGGACACUGGCCACUCCUUGUAUGACUACAGGGAGGCUUUGAUGAUUCCCACCUUGCAUGGCGUUAAACUGCCUUACUUUUUCCAUGCUGGAGAGACAGAUUGGCAGGGUACUUCCAUAGACAGAAACCUUCUGGAUGCUCUACUACUGAACUCUACCAGGAUUGGCCAUGGAUUUGCUUUGACCAAACACCCAGCAGUCUGGGCUGACUCCUGGAAGAAGAACAUCCCCAUAGAAGUCUGUCCCAUCUCCAACCAGGUUCUGAAACUGGUGUCUGACUUGAGAAACCACCCUGCCGCUGUUCUGAUGGCCACUGGGUACCCCAUGGUGAUCAGCUCUGAUGACCCAGCUGUCUUUGGUGCCAAAGGUUUAUCCUAUGAUUUCUAUGAGGCCUUCAUGGGCAUUGGGGGAAUGGCGGCCGAUCUGAGGACACUCAAACAGCUGGCCAUGAACUCUAUCAAGUUCAGCACCUUGUUGGAUAUUGAUAAAAAGGCUGCCAUGAAAACCUGGGAGGAGAGAUGGAAUACGUUUGUAGCCGACCUGGCAAGGAGGCCAAAGUGAGAAGCUAGCCGUUUAUUACCCUAGUCCUCUGCUCCCCUCUGCAAGCUGUUCUCACCUUCCAUCAAUCAUGCUUGAACCCACUCCAGUGUAGUUGGUACCUCCAUUUCUUCAUCAGAACUAACCUCAUGAAGGUCAUCAAUGGCCUCCACAUUGCUUGACCUCUCAGAAACACUUAAACAGUCUACCAAACUCAUCUUUUUGAAAUAUCCUUUUCUCUCAACCUCAGUGACAUCAACUCUUUUGGUUUCCUCCUUUCUCUCUGGCCAUUGCUUCCGGGGUCCCUUUUCCAGAUGCUCUUCUCUAUCAGAUCUCUGUGUUGCAUUUCCUCAGGGCUUAGUUUUGCCUCUCCUCUGUUCAUGUCUCUGCUUCUCUCCUCUUCUUUUCUCUCUCACUCUAUAGUCUUUUCCUAGGUAGUCUCAUCCACUCCUUUGCUUUUAAAUACCAUUUAUUUGCUGAUGAUUACCAAUUUAUUUAUUCAUUUGGAAGGUUCACAGGAAUCUCAAAACGUACUAUGUGCAAUUCUGAACUCAAUCUCUUCCCUUUCAACCUUUUCCUGAUCUUUCUCAUCUUGGUAAAUGGCAUCUCCAUCCAUUCCACCCAGUUGCUCUAUGUAGAAUUUUUCAGUGAAAUUCUUGAUACUGCUCUCUCCCCUGUUCCCUACAUCAAAAUGUAUCUUGAAUCCUCCAUGCCUCUCUAUCUACAUUGCUAUUGGCGGAGUUCAAGCCACUAUCACUUCUUGUCUGAGUUACAAUAGCCUCUUAAUUGAUCUCUCCCUUCUUCUCUUUGCCUUCCUCAUUUCAUUUUUCACAGAGCAAUGACUUUUCAAAAAUUAAAUCAGGUUACUCCAUUGCUUACAACUCAGUGCACUUAGAAAAACCCAAAUGUUUCAAUAGGGCAUAUAGCAUCCUAUUUAACCUGGAUCCCUUCCAGCAUCAUUCUACCCCGGUCUCCUCUAGUGUACCAGAUUCUGGCCACACUGGUCCUUUGUUUCUCAAAUAUCCCAAACUCUAUGCUGCAUCAGAGUCUUUUCUCAUUCCCUCUGCCUGGGAUAUUCUUUCUUUCCACUUUUGUCUGACUGACUCCUGUUUACCCUUCAGGUUUCACCUUUAAUGUCACUGUCUCAGAAGUUUCCUAGACCCCUAACCUGUUAAUAUCUCUCAUGGCACCUUGCUUUUUUCCUUCAUGACUCUUAUCAUAAUUUGUAAUUAUAUAUUUAUUUCUCUGUUUAUGGUCUCCCUCCACCAGAGUGUAAGCUCCAUGUGGGCAGGUACUAAUGAUUGUUUCCUGUACACUGUGAACCCAGAGCCUAGCUCCAUGCCCCAAACCUAGUCAGUACUGAAUAAAAGAUAUGUUAAAUGAA